AUGUGGGAAUCUCUAACACAUCCCCUUAUAUUAUUUCCCAGGAUAUAUUUCAUCGUCGCCAGUUCGUGUGUUUUUCUGACUCUACCAAGCGGCAGUGCAUCAAGAAAUAACUCUCAAAAAAAUUCUAACGUGGAGGAAUGGGUAGUGCGGGUUGCGGGUGGGCCUCAAGUGGCCUCCCUCCUCGCCCUCCAAUCCGGUAGCAGAAAUCUCGGUCUCGUGCUGGGGUUCAAGGACACGUACUUAUGGCACAGGGAUGAUAAUCAGGUCAGGAAGAGGAGCGGAAUGAGGUUCGUCAAAGCGCUGACCUCGGACUCAAAGAUCAUCUGGGCAGAUCAGCAGAGAAUUUUCCAACGACACAAGCGAGACCUCAUCGAUACCUUCGAAUCGGAAAAGCCUCUCCUGCGGGAUAAGCGAGUGUUCGAUGAGGAAGGAAAUGACAUCCGCAGGUUUUCAGAUGCUCAGUCCAUGUUCAAUGACGAAUUGUGGAACGAGGAGUGGUACUUGCAAGACACCCGUAGCACCAGGAACCUACCCAAGCUGGAUCUGAACGUGAUACCACUUUACCGAUUGGGGAUAACAGGACGUGGUGUGAGGGUAGCAGUUCUCGACGAUGGGCUAGAGUACACCCACGACGACCUCAGGAACAACUACAGCCCCGACAUCAGCUAUGACGUCAAUGAAGCAGAUAAUGAUCCGAUUCCCCGAUAUGAAGUAACAGGGAUGAAUGGCCAUGGGACAAGAUGCGCUGGGGAAAUAGCAAUGCAGGCGAAUAAUCGAAAGUGCGGUGUUGGAGUGGCAUUCGAGGCAUCUAUUGGUGGGAUAAAACUGCUGGAUGGCAUUGUCAAUGACAGAGUCGAGGGUGAGGCACUUGGGUACAGGCACGAUCUCAUCGACAUCUACACGGCCUCAUGGGGUCCCUCUGAUGAUGGCAAGAGCCUUGAGGCGCCUGGAAGACUAGCCACUGAGGCACUCGAACGAGGUGUCACUGAGGGUCGCAGCGGCAGGGGUAACAUCUACGUAUGGGCAUCCGGAAACGGCGGCUCUAAACACGACGACUGCGGCUGCGACGGUUACGUCGGUAGCAUAUAUACAAUAGCCGUUGGUUCAGCCAGUCAAACUGGAAAGUUUCCAUGGUACGGUGAGAGAUGUCCCGCAACUGUUGCGACUACUUACAGCAGCGGAGCGUACCACGACCAAAUGAUUGCUACGACGGAUUUAAAAAAUGAAUGCACCACUCGUCACACGGGAACGUCAGCCUCAGCUCCACUCGCUGCGGGAAUACUCGCCCUGGCGCUGCAAGUGAACAAAGAGUUGACUUGGAGAGACAUUCAACAUCUCAUUGUGCAAACCUCGGAGUACAGUCCAUUGAGUGGCAACCCGGGCUGGCAAAAAAAUUCGGCGGGCUUUUGGUUCAAUCCUCGCUUCGGAUUUGGCUUGAUGAAUGCACACAGCCUGGUCGCUGCUGCUUAUAAUUGGACCCGAGUCCCCGAAAAAACAGUAUGCUCCAUCAAAUCACAAUCCGGAUCCCAGGUUUUAUCGCACGGUAGACCGGUGAGUUUGAUGUUCAGUGUGGAUAGGUGCUCCGCUGAGGGCCAGGAAGUUGCAUAUCUGGAGCAUGUUCAAGUGGAAACGAGCAUCAGCUACACGAACAGGGGCGCCCUAGAGAUGCAGCUGACCUCGCCGGCGGGAACAAGGGUGAAUAUACUGACUACCAGGCGCCUAGAUGAUUCGGCUGAGGGCUUCAAAAAUUGGAAAUUCAUGUCCGUGGGCACUUGGGGAGAGGACCCACGAGGCGUAUGGCAACUGGACAUAAUGGAUUGGCUGGGUCCGGCCUCCAACAACGGAUCAGUCCUCGACGUAUCCCUCAUUCUCCACGGGACAAAACAACGCCCGGAUUAUCGUGGAAACACCCAGAGGAUUUACAACGAUAAUUAUAACCGCUUCCGGAAAAUGAGUCGCAGGCUGAUAAAAAUUGAGGAUGAAGAUGAGACGAGGGAGGGGGAUGGUCUCAACAACGAGAUCAAUUUUACGGCGAAAGUUGGCAAACAAAGUAGUCUCUGGACUGAUUGGCUACGUAAACUUUUAUUUGCUUCAAGUUAAUUCAGUCUAUUCGUUUCGAAAAAAUGACUCUUGAUGAACAAACAAAAUAAAAAUCAAUAAAGGUGAUGAAUGUGUUGGCUCGAAAAAAUGUCAGAAUGAAUAUAACUACUUUCCCAAUCAGAA